GCGCUUCCGCUGUUGUGAAGCGACAAGAUGGCGGUGCCCGCCGGUUCAGUUGUCAAAGUCCCUCGCAAUUUCCGGCUCUUGGAGGAGCUGGAGGAAGGCCAGAAAGGUGUGGGAGAUGGGACCGUGAGCUGGGGUCUGGAGGAUGACGAUGACAUGACCUUAACGCAUUGGAGAGGGGUGAUCCUCGGCCCCACCAGGACGAGCUUUGAAAACCGGAUGUACAAUCUGAAAGUUGUAUGUGGGCCGGAAUACCCCGACGCACCACCGUUUGUCAAAUUUGUGACAAAGAUAAACUUGAAUGGCGUGCACACCUCCAGCGGUGAGGUCGACGUGAACGCGGUGACUACACUGGCCAAGUGGCAGAACUCCUACAGUAUCCGGAUGGUGCUGCUGGAGCUGCGACGGAUCAUGACCUGUAAGGAAAACAUGAAGCUCCCUCAGCCGCCGGAGGGCCAUCUCUACAACAACUGAGCCCCUGCUACUUUUGCCUCCAUUGCCCCCUUCACUCUUUGGUUUGGUUUUGUUGCUUUCAUCCCUUUAUUCCCAACCCCUCCCCCAUGUGACAUCCCACCUCAUGGCAACACCUUGACUGAACACACACACACACACAUGACUGAAGACGUCUACAAUAACAGUUGCAUGCAACCAUACACUCGCAUACCUGUAUACACAAUCACACAGCAGAAGUCUUAAGUAUAUGGUAAUAGAUACACACACACACACACAGCAGAAGUCUGAAGUCUACAGUAAUAGACACACACACACACACAGCAAAAGACCUCUUCAAUAACAGGUAUAACGUACACGUCUAUAUGUAAACACACACUUGUUAUUCAUGAGUCAUUCCAGGCCCCCCCCGCCCCCCCAUCACUGGAGCUUUGGGUGGACUCGUGACGAGGCAGGCGGAGUCCUCAGUCCACACCAGAUAUGAUCGUUUGAAUACUGUACAUGUUACUAAUCUUUUAUUUUUAUUAUUAUUUGUUAAAAAUGCAGAUUGUACAAUAACAUAAAUAAUCUUAUUGAGUGUA